GCGGCGCGGUGAGGCGCUCCCGCCAUGUCGCUGCGCCGCGCUCUGGCGCUGGCGGCCUGCGGGCUGGCCGGGGGCUCCGUGCUCUUCUCCGCCGUGGCCGUGGGCAAGCAGCCGGCCCGCGGCGGGGACGCCGAGCCGCGCUCGGGGGGCUCUGCCUCCGCCGUCCCCCCCGCGGCCGCCGCGCCGCCGGGUUUGCUGCUGCUGCCGCCCGCCGGCGCCUCGUGCCCGGCGGCUCCCGGCUGGAUCGAGAGACCCGCCGGCACCGGCGGCUACUGGGACAGCAACUGGGACAGACGUGAACCACUGGCUCUUAUCAACCUCAAAAAGAAAAAUGAAGAAACUGGGGAAGAAGAACUUGCCUCACGCUUAAAUCACUGCAAAGCAAAAGCCACCAGACACAUAUUCCUUAUCCGUCAUUCCCAGUACAAUUUGCAUGGCCUGUCUGAUAAGGACAGAACUCUGACCCCCCUGGGUCGAGAGCAGGCUGAACUGACUGGACAAAGGCUGGCAAGUUUGGGAUUGAAGUUUGAUCAGAUUAUCUACUCCUCCAUGACUAGAGCAACUGAAACAACUGAAAUUAUAAGCAAACAUCUCCCAGGAGUCAAAAAAAUCAGUACUGAUCUGCUGAGAGAGGGAGCUCCUAUAGAACCAGACCCUCCAGUCUCUCACUGGAAACCAGAAGCUGUGCAGUACUACGAAGAUGGAGCUCGGAUCGAGGCUGCUUUUCGAAACUUCAUCCACAGAGCUGAUGCCAAGCAGGAGGAGGACAGCUACGAGAUCUUCGUCUGCCACGCCAACGUCAUCCGCUACAUCGUGUGCAGAGCUCUGCAGUUCCCCCCAGAAGGCUGGCUGCGAAUGUCUCUCAACAAUGGCAGCAUCACCCACCUGGUGAUCCGGCCCAACGGACGAGUGGCCCUUCGGAUGCUGGGGGACACGGGGUUCAUGCCUCCCGAGAAAAUCACGCGCACCUGAACGAGCAACUGUUGGCUGGGCAGGAGCUGCCUCUGGAGUCUUCACACAUUUGGCUACAGUACCACUAGGUUUUUCUUUGUUAUGUUGGGGUGUGAUGCUGUCUUAAAAAUGUCCUUUAGCCCCUUGCCUCCUUCAUACAUGCUCAUGUCUGCCUUUCAGUCCAGGAAAGAACUCUUUGUAAGCCUGAAGCUGUCCCGUCCUCAAGUAUUCUCCAAAGCUCCAAGCUGAGCUGUGGAAUACAAAGAGAUUGAAUGUCUGUGUGCUCAGCAGCUGCAAGAGCACUGAAUUUCCCUCCUGCCUUGCCUCCAUGAAUUUCUAAACCAAAGCUUGCUCCUGUGGAUAUUUGUCUUGUGCAGGAAAGCACUGGGUGUGGGAACUGGAAGGAACAGCCUUGUAUCACACUGCAGCUGAAACUGAAGAUGAGCCAACUUGUUUCAGCUCUUGCAGAAGAAGUGACAAAGAGGGUGUUCUGCUGUUCAAAGGUCCAAGGAAUAAGUGUUCAGGUGGUUUUUUUUAAGCUGUUGAGGUUUUGUUUAUGUUGUGCUUUUGUUCCCCUCUGCCCCCAAAAAGCUAAUGUAAACUGUGCCUAGGGUUUAUAAGCAUAAAGCAAAGAGGGCAAAAACCCACUUGCCUCUGAGCUGUGGUGCUACAAUUAACUGCUGCUUGUGUUAAAUAUUCUUCCAUCCUCAGGAAAUCCUUUAAGCUAUUCUGAACAGUGUUUUUCAGUCUCAUAAAGCCUUUAAUUGCAGCUUGGUCUGUAGAAAGAUGCAGGGAUGAGUUUGCAGCGGUAAGAUGGAAGGACAGGAAAGCAGCAAUUCAGUGAGUACACCCAGUUACUGACUCUUACACUUCUGAGGAGCAGAGUCUUGUUUCUGCUCUCCAAUUGAUCUGUGCAGGAUGGUAUCUUGCUUCCAGAGUAGAGAACUGACACUGCCCAGCAGUUCAAGGUCAGGCUAGUUCAGGUCAGAAGUUCUGCAGUGUCAGAGCAAACUGCUCCUUGAAACUGCUGUUGCCUGAAGGGUGAAGAGGUGACCUGUGGGAUGGCUUUUCUGGGCCAAGGGUGCAGUACUGAUGACAGGCAGAAAUGUUUUAAGUAAGUCGCUCCUCUGUACAGCUCUGACACUGCUGGACUUGCUGUGGGGAAAAAAAAUGGGUGGCAGAGAACCAGGUUGCACAUUUGAGGUAAGGGCUUAGAAGUGUUUCAUCUGAAGGAUGUGUGCUCGUGUAGUAACUUAGCUCUUGUAACACCUGGAAUGAUGAGAAAUGUCACCAUCUGCAGAGUCUGCCUUGGUGACAAGCACAUCUAUAGGACAGCAAACACCAAUGACCUCUUUGACAGGUUCUCUUAUUGCCAAGAAUGUUGGUGAGACCCCAAACUCCUCCUGCCAGAGCUGUAUGAAGCAUGAUGCUGGCACCCACCACAGUGAGACAAAGGGCUUGUUUGAUACAGGACUGUUGGGUCAGGAUGAUUUCAAAGGAAAUGGGGUAAGGGGGGGGAAGAAAACAUGAUCAUUGUGUAGUGUGAGUUGUGGGGGCAAAAGGAAACCAGCACAAUGUAUCUCUCAUUGAUGCAAUGAGAAUAAUAACUUAUCAGUUUUUGUCUAUUAACUUUUUAAAAGUUUUGAAUAAAAUAACUGGUCUGUC